GCCUCCCCUUCCGCGAUGGCGGCCGCGAUGUUCCGGAGCCUGCUGGUCUCGGCGGGGGGGUCCCGCGAGGCGCCCCCCGCGGCCGGCCCGCCGGGCGCCGCCCCCGCCCCGCCGCCGCCUCACCCACCCGAGCCCGCCGCCGCGCUCGAGGCCCAGUUCAGCUGCCCCAUUUGCCUGGAGGUCUACCAGCGCCCCGUCCGCAUCGCGCCCUGCAGGCACACGUUCUGUGGGGAAUGCCUGCAGCCAUGUCUCCAGGUUCCGUCUCCUCUCUGUCCCCUUUGCCGCAUGCCCUUUGACCCCAAAAAGGUGGAGAAGGCCUCCAGUGUGGAAAAGCAGCUGUCUUCCUUCAAGGCACCAUGUCGAGGCUGCAGUAAAAAGGUGACCCUUGCAAAGAUGAGAUCCCACGUCACAUCGUGUGCUAAAGUCCAGGAACAAAUGGCCAACUGUCCGAAGUUCGUGCCUGUGGUCCCAACUUCCCAACCCAUUCCAAGCAAUAUUCCAAACCGGUCCACGUUUGUCUGUCCCUAUUGUGGAGCACGGAACUUGGAUCAGCAGGAGCUAGUGAAGCAUUGCAUGGAGAACCACCGCAGUGACCCCAACAAAGUGGUCUGUCCGGUGUGCUCAGCCAUGCCUUGGGGGGACCCCAGUUACAAGAGUGCCAACUUCCUACAGCAUCUCCUGCACAGGCACAAGUUUUCCUAUGACACAUUUGUGGACUAUAACAUCGACGAGGAGGCCGCCCUGCAGGCCGCCCUGGCGCUCUCCCUCUCGGAGAACUGAGAGCCGCCCACCCGCCGAGCAGCAGACAGGAGCUGUUGCAGACCUGGCCCGGCUUUCUCUCCCGUGGAGCGAUGCGCCGCCCGCCCUGCCCGUGGGCGCCCGGAGGGAGGCUGCCGCCCUUUCCUCCGCUUUUGUCUUGCCUCGUUCGGUCAGGGAGCCUCUUCCUCGGGGCGGGGACAGCGAAAGAGGGCACUUCCCCUCCCUGGUUUGGCGGACCCGCUCUGUCCUGCCCGUUGGACAUUCCCCGCACAGCUAAGUACAGGCGGUACCCUUUAUUAAUACCGUCCUAGCACCAUCGGCCCUCAUUCCAUUAGUGGUUUAUAUUGCAACAAAACGUUUUGUGGGGAAACUGUAGUUUACAUUUUUUUAAUCGCCUGUGUCUUUUGGUUAAUUCACUGGAUUUUUUUAAUUUGGGGGGAAAAGAUCAGCAUGGGAGACUUCAACCUCGUACGAAUAUUUAUUACGCGCCGGGGUGCAAAUUGCCUGCUACUCAGCCGUUGUGGGCAAGGAAUUUUGGGCGAGGCUCUUGCGUGGAAGGAAAGCUGCAUUUCAGAGAGGCGGGCGACGCCCAGGCAAGAACAGACUGCCGUUCCUGGCCACAAGUUGUUUGGCCAAGUGCCCCUCUCCCCUCCCCAUGACUGACCUUGUUCAUUUUGUAUCUGCUUUUGUGAUACUCUAGAAGUUCUUUCUGGUUUUUUUCUACAUCUCUCCAUGUAACAAAUACUCUUCCCAUUUUAUAGCGAGGAUACAAAGCAGUUAACCCUUGAUAUCGCAAUAUCUGUGUUUGACUAGAAACAAUAGUAUUUUUAUGGAACAUUAUUUUUCAAAGUAUAUUUUUUAAAGAAAAGUGGCCUGGGUUCCAGAUCUUCGGGCUCUGCGGAGGAGGAGAGUCUCAAACCUGGAGUGAAGGAGGCGCUUCCUUUUGUUAAUUUCCGAGCAGUGGGUCGGGGGUCUUUUUUAAGGGUUUGGGGGUUUUCGUUCCCUGCAAGAAAAGAAAGAGGAAAAAAUGAAAUGACUUUUGGGGGAUUACUGCAAGUUGUAACCUUUUAGGGGAUUAUUGCAAGCUGUGAUUAAGCAAAACUGCUAAGGCUUUACUAUCCAGGUGUUCUGAUUGUGGGUCGGUGGGCCUGAAGGAGACUGGAAAGAAAUAAAAGCUGUGAAUAAGCUAC